UCUCCUUAUUAUUAGUCCUUUUAACAUCUCUUUUUUCUCUCUCUCUUUUACUUCCAUAUGGAACAACAACAACAACAACAACUACAACUACACAAUCCCAUCAAAAAGUUUAGUCCUAAACUUCAAAAACAAAGAAAAUUUGUUGGUGUAAGACAAAGACCUUCUGGAAAAUGGGUUGCUGAGAUCAAGAACACAACACAAAAGAUUAGAAUGUGGCUCGGAACGUUUGAUUCUGCUGAAGAAGCUGCUCGAGCCUACGAUGAGGCUGCUUGUCUCCUUCGAGGCUCAAAUGCUCGAACGAAUUUCCAUAACCAUACCCCUGUUAGCCCUGCUCUUUCUAUGAAAAUUAGAAACCUAAUCAACCAUAAGAAAAGUCUCAACAAAAUCAAUCACAAAAGUACUAGUACUAGUAGUACUAGUACUAGGGCUAGUAGCAGCAGUAUUCCGACUUCAGCAACUAGUCAUCAAGAAAGUCAAAUAUCGAAUGAUGAUGCAUAUAAGCCGGAUUUGAACUUCUAUGAUCAAAUAACAUCUUCAAAUUUCGAUCAUACAUCAACAUUUACAAAUGAUUUUGACACGAUUCUUCUUGACGAUGAAAAUGUUGAUAACUUUCAUGACGUAGUACCAAAGGAGAUUAUCGAAGAUCAUACUCAAUUCGAAAAUAUGAGAGUUGAAAGACAAAUAUCAGCAUCACUAUAUGCUAUGAAUGGAGUCAAUGAAUAUUGGGACAAUUUUCAUGAUAGUAGUAAUAAUAAUAAUAAUGAUGCUACUUAUUGGGAUCUCCCUAUGCUCUACCAAAUGUUUUGUCCAAGUUAGGGAUUUCUCCGAUUCUUUAAAAAUAUCGUUUCGUUUUGUAUGUAAGCUACACAUAUUUCGAGGAUUCGAUACUUUCACAAGGUCUGAGUUAUAAUUGUUUUAGGCCUUUCUCAAAUCUAUUAUCAAAUCAAGCUAUUGAGCAUUUUUAAUAUAUA